GAAGAUUCUAAUAAAUGAAAAAAGGACCGGUCAAAAGGAAAUUUGAGAGUAAUAUUUUAAAUAAUAAGAGGUUUUGGCUUUAGUUCUUCAAAUCCUUAGGACCAAAGUGUUCAAAAAGAAUUAGUGUUGCAUAUACAAAAUUAGGUUUAAAUAGGGAAUGAUUUUACGUUAAAAUUGUAUAGUUGGAUGAAGAUUUCAAUUUUAAAACAGAAAAUAAAUAAAGCAACAAAACUUGAUAUAGGUGAUUUUAGGGUUCUAUAUAAAAAUUAAGAAUUAACUUUGAACAAUUAGGAUCUUGAAGUAAUAUAAUAUUCUAUAGUAAUAGGACUAUGGAAUAAAGAAUCAUGUGUCAUUAAAGCUAAUGGCUCGUAAGUAGGGUUAGUAGAUGUAUUUCAUCAAUAGUCUUCAUAAUAUAUUGGAAGAGUCUAGAAGUACUUAGGAAUAAUUUUAAAAUGCAAGAUGGGCUGUAGAAGGUGCUUUUAUGAUAGGAAUCACUCCAAAAUUGACAGAUUUCGGAACUUAAGGAACUUAUAUAUUAGAAAAUUAAAAUCAUAAACCAGUGGCAAUUUUCAAACCAUAUGAUGAAGAAGCCUUUGCGUAAAUAAUUAUAUAAUUAUUUAGUCCAAAUAAUCCAAGAGGAAUGAGAGGGAAAAUGAAUUCCCCUGGUCUUAGAUAAGGCAUCUUAUCAGGUGAAGGAGUAGAUAGAGAAGUGGCUGCGUAUUUAAUUGAUCAAUCUUCUGGACAUUAUCAUAGUGGUAUCAUUUAUAAUAAGUUCAUUUAGUACCUAUUACUAAUUAUGUUUAAAUUUGUCAUCCAUCAUUUCAUGAGGCAGAAGAAUAUAAAUAAUUUUAACAUGAAAAAAUUCCUAUCAAAGAGGGCUCUUUUUAAUUAUACGUUCCUCAUGAUGAUAAUGUUGGAAAUUAUGGAAGUGGAUUAUACCCUUCUAGAGAAGCUAGGAAAAUUGCUAUUUUAGAUAUUAGAAUAUUGAAUUGUGAUCGUAAUGAAGAAAAUAUUUUAGUCAGAAAAAAGUAAUAAUUUAUAUUUUUAUCAAAGAAAACUUCCAUAAGCUAAUGGAUAAACUAGACAAUCUUUUGAUUAUUUCUUAAUUCCUAUUGAUCAUGGCUAUUCAUUUCCAGAUUCAUUUAAAAUUUGUAGAGAUGAAGUAGUCUGGUAUCAUUGGGAUUAAAUGUAAUAACCUUUUACUUAAGAAGAAAAACUAUUUAUUGAAAGAAUAAACCCUGAUAAAGAUAUUUAAAUGAUUAAAGAUAAAGUUGAAUUAAGAGAAAUUUGUUUAAGAAAUGCUAAAAUAGCCACUAUUCUAUUGAAAAUUGGAGCUGCAGCUGAUUUGACAAUUCAUGAUAUUGCGUAAAGAAUUUGAAUAAAUUUUUUAAGUGAAAUACUUUAUAGAGAAGAUCCUGAUGAAUAGUCUCCGUUAGAAAAGGUUGUCCAAAUUGCAGAAUAUAAUUUUAAGUAUUUUCAAUUACAUUAUUAUCAGUAAUAAUGUUAGAGUUCCAAAAGAAUUCUCAAAUUAUAAAGAAAAGUUAUUUUCAAACAAUCUUAUAAAAAAAUCAUUUGAAUUUGAAUCCUCAAACUUAAAUAGCUUAAAUAGACCUUAAAUAAAUUAACCUCUACUGAAAUUAUAAAUUAUCAGAGAUGAGGAGGAAAACAAAGAAACUAACGAAAGAUAGAAUUAAAAUUAAUAUUCUGAUAAAAAGUUAACCCGAACUGGUUCUUAAUAGAAUGUAAAAAAAAUAACAAAAACUACUGAAAAAGAAUGGAAUGAAGAAUUCUAUGCUCAAAUAACUUACUUACUCAAAUAACUCAUAGAAAACAUAUAAUCAAAGAAAGUACCUUCUCCAAGAAAAUACAGACCUAGAUAUAUUAGUGAAGAAGUCAAAUGAAAAUUUAAUUAUUUAAUAAUCCAGGA